UACAAAAUCAAAAUUAACAGAACAGAUAAUGUCUGUUAGGCGUAAAAUUAAUGAUAUUCUAACAAAAUAUGAAAACCAAUGUUUGAAAGAACUGGAUGAUAUAUGUUCAAAGGAGAAGCAAGUCCUGGAUACUGAUGUACAGGGCGCCAAGGGAAUUUAUAACACUUCACACAACAUGCACAGUGUUUUGAAAGCAGCUUCUAAACAUGCAAAUGAUGUCCAUUUCAUACAAUGGCAAAACAAGAUUGAGAUAGAAGCACAAAUGUUAAACGACAUGAUUUUUGAUAUUCAUGAGCCGCUGACCAGUUCACGGGUGACUUUCACUGUUAAUAAUGACCUUGAAAAAAUCACAAAGACUCUCCGUAACUUAGGAGACUUUAGCAUUAAAAACGAAAACGUAAAUCUAAUAUCAGGAUUAGGAAAAGAACAGGAAUUGAUGCCAGAAAACAAGAAUGAAUACCAAGAUAAUGUGUCGAUGUUGUCUUAUCAACUGCCAUUACAACAAUUUUCCGUGAAAACCAAAACUGAUGAACAUGCAAGCUUUAUUACUGGAAUGGUAAUGCUACCGAAUAAUAUUCUGGUGUGUGCAGACAAAAAUAACUCAAAACUGAAAGUAUUUGAUGCAGAAUUCCAAAUGCAAAAUGAACAUGAACUAGAGUUUUUUCCCUUUGAUGUUACUAUUGUAGGUAGAAAAAAAGUAGCUGCUACAAUACCAUCACAAUCCGUAAUUUCAAUAUUCAGCAUAGGUUCGUCAAUACAGUUACAGAAAACAAUUAUCACUAAAGAUAGCUGUUAUGGUAUAGCCUAUUCAAAUAAACGAUUCGCAUACACAUGUCCGCUUGCAAAGGACACAUGUGUAAAAAUGAUUACUGACAGUGGUGAAGCAAUAAUGACAAUAUGUCCGGAGGUAAAUUUCCAAUCACUGUUUUUAAGACCGUGGUACGUAAAGUUUGAUAAUAAUGGAUCACAUUUGUAUGUGUCGGACUGUCACCGUGCGCAGAUUUACUGUUGCGUCGGUACUACACUUCGUCGGUUUGUCUAUUCUCACGAUCGGUUGAACGCACCAAGAGGUUUGGUUAUGAGAAAUAAUGACGAUCUUUUUGUAGUUGGAUGGGGAUCUGACAAUAUUCAUUUCAUAGAUCACAACGGACAUUUUAUAAGGGAGGUUGUAAAUCGAUGGAAUGGUUCGUUCAGUCCUCAAACUGUAUGUUUGACUUCAAAUGAAGAUAGUUUGAUAGUGUCUUUAGACCCAACUAGCUGUAACAGUAAUACACUUUUGGUCUUCGAACUGCCAGAGGAAGGUUUUUAAAAACUAGCAUUAAAAACUAUAUAUAUAUAAAUUUCACUAAGAUGAACUAAGUGUACAGUAUCACAUAUCACAUUAGUUCAUUUGAAUAUUCAUUUAAAUCAUGAAGAAAAAAAUGAAAAUGUCCACUGAAAUAAAGAAAAUCUGUUCAUA